GGACAUCACAUCUUUAUGAAUAAAUUAAUGUUUCAUCUAUCAAAUCCAACCUAACUUGACAUCUUAACUGAAUCAAACAUACGUACAUAUAUACACAAGCUAUUACUCCUCGUAUCCCAACUCAAUUUCGCCAUUAAUUGCAUUUUCUUAAGCCACCUAGGGUUUAAUCGAUCAGGAACUCAGAAGCAACAACAAUGGGGAAGCAAGCGAAGUUCUCGGAAGUCAGCGAACAAGUUCAGAAGCUUCUAGAUGCUGACAUGGACAAUGUUUCUGCUAGGCGUAGUGCUCGUGAGGCUUUUAAGCAGAUUCAACUUUCUAUUGAUCACUGCUUGUUUAAAAUUCCUUACGAUGGUGUAAAGAUGAAAGAGUCAUAUGAGUUGAACUCCAGAGGCUUGGAGAUUUUCUCUAAAAGCUGGCUUCCAGGGACAAGUCCUCCCAAAGCAUUGAUUUGUUUUUGCCAUGGUUAUGGGGACACUUGCACUUUUUUUGUUGAAGGGAUUGCUAGGAAGUUGGCUUCCUCUGGGUACGGAGUUUUUGCCAUGGAUUAUGCAGGAUUUGGUCUUUCAGAAGGUCUUCAUGGUUAUAUACCAAGUUUCCACAAGCUGGUUGAUGAUGUUGUUGAGCAUUACUCAAAAGUUAGAGAAAACCCGGAGUUUCUCACUCUUCCAAGCUUUUUAUUCGGGCAAUCUAUGGGUGGAGCAGUGGCCCUGAAAGUACACUUGAAGCAACCUGAUUCAUGGGCUGGUGCUAUUCUUGUCGCACCAAUGUGUAAGAUUGCAGACGACAUGGCUCCAUCAUGGUUGGUGACCCAAGUUUUAAUUGGUGUAGCAAAAGUUCUUCCAAAGCAGAAGCUCGUUCCCAUGAAUGAUUUUACUGCAAUGGCAUUCCGAGACAAAAAGAAAAUUCCUCUGGCAACCUAUAAUGUUAUUGCUUACAAAGAUAAGCCACGUCUAGGUACUGCUUUGGAGUUGCUGCGGACGACCCAAGAGAUAGAAAAUGAACUUCAAGAAAUCUCACUUCCGUUAUUCAUCCUACAUGGGAAAGCUGAUGUAGUGACUGAUCCAUCUGUGAGCAAGGCUUUAUACGACAAAGCUAAAAGUUCAGACAAGAAACUUAAUUUGUACGAUGAGGCCUAUCACUCCCUUCUUGAAGGCGAACCAGAUGAGAUGAUACUUCGUGUUUUGGGUGAUAUCAUUUCGUGGCUUGAUGAUCAUACUAAAACCACACCUACGGACCUACCUAUUCAUGAUCCAACAUUUUGAGGUCUCGUGAAUAACUGUUUCAGAUCAAGUGGCCCAUCUCCAGUGAAAUGCUCAAUUAUUUCUGUACUGAAAGAAAAUAUUGGCUGCUGCAGUAUUCCUUGGUAACUCCUCUCGCUUCUCUAUAUUCUUAGUUUAUGUGCAUAAAAACAUUCCAAGCUCCGAAUGGUCGGCCUUUAUUGCUAGUAAAUCAUUAGAACACUUGUAAAAUUUUACAAUUAGCUUCAGCCUUCAGAAGAAACUGAAGUUCUUGACAUAAAGGUCAAGUCUAAACCCUCAUUUGAUUGGGGUGAACACCAUUUUUACCCCUCUUUUUUUUUUUUUGUAAUAUAGUAACAUGAGUAUCUUUUUUCAGUUUUUAUUUGUCAUUUUCGCCUAUGUGAUACGGAUUUGGCAUCGACAUUCAGUAGAAAUAAAGUUGAUCUAUCGGAAUAGCAAUCUUUGGAAA